AUGGUUAGACUCCAGGCAUGGGAGGUAGACGUGCAAGCGUUUGCUCUCCAAAUCUUUUUAUUUUUGACUUAUUUAGCAACCGAAUCAUCUCAAAUCACCGAGAAAUUUAACUUUUCUAGCGGUCUUUCCUGCACAGCUGGUGAGCUUUUGGCCUACAACGAGAUAUUUAAACUGGAUUUUGAUGUCGUUAASCCAUCCAGCUCAAGCGGCCAUCUUGGUUGUACGUUAAAGCGUAAGAAACACUACUUCUUUCGAAGAAUUGCUUGUUAUAACAACUCAUCUGCUUCCCUCAAAUUGGAUAACCUAUUAAUCUGUGGUGAUGUUCAUCCAAACCUUGGUUAUUCUGGCUCCUCGGAUACCAAUGGAGUGAAGGCUCGUGUUGGAAGGAAACCACCCACGUGGAAACAUCCUUGUGCCGUUUGCUGCAAGGCAGUUCGUUCGAAUCAGAAGGGUAUCUUAUGUGAUGGAUGUUGUAAAUGGCAUCAUAUCAAGUGUAUCAAUAUGAAUACUCAUUUUCUGGUCAAGUACUCAGAGACAGGGUUAUCAAACCUAAUUGUGACUGGAGAUUUCAAUUUUCCAAAUAUUAAUUGGAAUACUGGAUGUCCCCUCAUCUCUGACCCUGGAACAGAAGAGUUUUGUAAUAUCUUGGGUGAUUUCUUCCUGCAACAAAAGACCUUGCAUUUAACUCGUGUUUCCAGAUAUUCAGCUGAUACUGGGAACAUUUUGGACUUAGUUCUUACAAACAAUGAAUUUCUUGUUGAAGAUGUUGUGGUUCGUCCAAAUGCCUUUGAUUCUGACCAUUACCCAGUUACCUUUAAGAUACGCUCAAAGAUGAGAAGGCCUAAUAAUGCCCAACGAAAGGUCUACUGUUACAAAAAUGCUGACCUUAAAGGUCUAAAAGAGACACUACACGCUUUGCCCUGGGAUCUGGUUAUUUCUGAUGCUUCCAUUGACUCUUGUUUGGAGAAAUUUCAAGACAUCUUAUUUUCUGCUAUUGAUUGUCACAUUCCUCAAGUUACAAUUAAACGACGAUCAAGACCUCCAUGGAUUAACAACGAAAUCAUGAAACUAAUUAGAAAAAAGAAGAAACUCUGGAAACGUUUGAAGACAAGUGAAUCACAGGAACUAUACUUAAAAUUCAAKGAACUCAGAAAGAAAACUAAGAAACUCAUCAACUCAAGUUAUCAACAGUAUUUAAAGUCUCUGUCUGGAAAACUUCAGGAAAACCCUAAGCACUUCUGGUCCUUCAGCAGCAGUUAG